AUGUUGUGUCUUGAUGUUUGUACUAGGUGGAACUUGACCUACUUAAUGUUAGACACUGCUCAGAACUUUGAGAGAGCUUUUGAGAGAUUCGAGGAGAAAGACACAAACUUUAGGGCUGAACUUGAAAGGGGAGAGGGUCGACCUAGCGUGGAUGAUUGGGCUAAUGUUAGAGACUUGAGGGAUUUCUUGGAACACUUUUAUGAAGUCACUUUGCGUAUAUCUGGCACUUCAUAUGUCACAUCCAAUAAUUUUUUUGAUGAGCUUUCUGAAAUUGAUAUUCUUUUACGAGAUGCUCAGUUAAAUAGUAAUGUUGAUUUCAAUUUUAUGGCCAUCAAGAUGAAAGAGAAGUAUGAUAAUUAUUUGGGUGAUAUUGAUAAGAUGAAUUUGUUUAUGUUUGUUGCUUGUGUUUUAGAUCCUAGACAAAAACUAAAGUAUCCUGAAUUUGCACUUAGUGAGAUGAUGCAAAAAUUGAAGGAAUCUUUGUAUGAAUUUUUUGAUGAGUAUAAGCCUCCACUUCAUAGUACUUGUAGCCAAUUGAGUUUGCCAACACAUGUUUCUCUCGGUGAACCACAACAAAAAAUGAAAAGGAGAAUGCAAGCUUUGUACCAAAAGCGUGAGUUGGAAAUUUGUGGUGAGGAUAAAACAUCUAAGUUGGAUAAAUAUCUAGUUGAGGCUAAUGAGGAAUUUGUUGAAGAUUUUGAUAUUUUAUUGUGGUGGAAAGUGAAUAGCCCUAGAUUUCCCACUCUUUCAAAAAUGGCCAGAGAUGUGUUAGCUAUACCAGUUUUUACAGUUUCUUCAGAGUUUGCAUUUAGCACCGGGGGACGUAUGCUUGAUCAAUAUAAGAGUUCUUUAACUCUUAAAAUUGUACAAGCUCUUGUGUGUACUCAAGAUUGGAUUCGAAAAUCAUCAUCAUAA